GAGCUGAAAUCGAACCCAUAUUUAUUGUGCCGCUUUUUUUUUUUUUUGCAAAAGACUAUCUCAAGCUCCACGGAUGUGCUCAUUGCUAGAAGGCUUAGCAGCAUCUGAGUUUGAUUUGCAUUGCUACUUUGUGCAAAAGACAUGUUUGCGUUGUGGACUUGCUGUCCAUGAUGUUGGAGUGAGCACUGCCUCUGUAAUUACCCUCAGCAGUACUAUGGCGCCAUGUUAAAUGCCAAGCUGUUGAGCUUCGUCUCUAACACACUGCAUGAGCGCUAACGUUGUGCGUGAGCCAUUUAUUCAGACAAAGCAAGCACUUCCACUAGUCUUUGGAAGAUGCCCGGCUUAGUGUCAUGCCCCGGUGGUCUAAUAGUGAUUGGGAUCCUCACUCUAUCCUGCAUCCACAUCAACUCUGAGAUCUUGAGCAAUGAAGUUUCAGAUGUACAGUUUGGCUCUCUGGGCUCCACCGUGACGCUGACCUGCAGAGGCUCUCACCCAGGGUCCGCGGUGGUAUGGAGACACAACGGGAGCUUAGUGUGGACGAAGCGGUCUCACCUCUCGGACGGCUCUCUGACUCUCACCAACACCACGCGCAGCAUGGAGGGUAACUACAGCUGCCACGAGCAGAGAGGAAGAGUACUGCAGAGCAUCACACUGCGUCUGGGCUAUGCCCCUGAAUAUCUGAGCGUUUCCUGUAAACUGCCAAGCCACUUCAAAAUGCUGUGCACGUGGACACAAAGAGUGAGGACAUACUUACCAACCAAGUACAUCUCCUCAUACAGUGUGGAUAACCAGAGCCCAGAGCUCUGUAAACAAGAGCUAAUGGAUGUGAACGAGUGCACCAUCAGCGAUCCCGUGUUCUGGGGCACCAUACACCUGGUGAACAUCACAGAAGUGAAUCCGCUCGGCUCCAAAUCCACCAUCACUUAUGUGGACUGCAACAAAAAUUUAAAGCCUGAUGCCCCUGAGGAACUGAUCUGUAAGCAAGUUAACGGUGAGCCCACGCAGUUGUUUGUACAUUGGAAGCCACCUGCCUCAUGGGCCUCACAUGUACCCGAGGCCUUUCCAUUGAAGUUCGAGCUGCAGUACAAACCUGUCGGCUCCAGAUUCUGGUCCAAGAUGGAAACAGAGGACACGAGCAUGAUGAUUAUGGACGCCCUGAUGGGUCACUUACACCACAUCAGAGUACGAGCCCAGGAUGCUUUAAUUAACCACAGCCAGUGGAGUGAGUGGAGUCAGGCAGUGCAGGCCCAGCCCUGGAAGGACCUUUCCAUGACGCCCGAAACCACCACAGAUAAUUUUCUCGAGCCAAUCUUCCCUUGCACUUUUCCAGUGAGGGCAACAGAUAAGUCUCCAGAUCAAUCAUUUCAUGAAAAUGGAAGUCAGGUCUUGAUCAUCCUCGGCCUAUUGGCAGCAAUAAUGGUGGUGGUGGUGUGUACCAUCACAGUCCUACUCCGUGUGAGGAACCAGAGGCGGGGCAGUGAGAAAAAACAGGAAUUAACCUCAAUGGUGAAGAUGAAGUCCAUGCUAAUCUAAAGUUUUCAGGUUGGCCUCGUCUCUUUCAGCCCUCAUAGGGCUUCAUCAUACGGAGUCAUAGCCUCUGCAGCACUAAUAUCUACACUACAGUCCCCACAGUUUCACUUUUCUCCUGUCGCUGCUUGGGGAAUAGGCUCCUUUCAGCGGAGUUCUGAGUCCCAUAAACUGUGAACCCUUCCAACUCAACCCUUCCAAUGUAGCACAACUUGACAGAAAACAGUUACUGGCUUUCAUUGUUUGAUGUGCAAAGCAAAUUUUGCCAGCUUUGGACCAUGAACACCAGCACACGUUAAACUCCGUGUGUCCGCACUUACCCGUCGCUUCAGCUUUUCCAUGCAAACUCGUGCCGUUUGGCUGCAGUGACACUUGGAACGCUGUGAAGAAAGAAAGAAAACAGAAGCAUGGCUGUUAACUAGUUGUGCGCCGUGUUUUGGGCAUUAAGAAUAAAGUUUGCAUUCUCUACGUUUCAAUGCAAGGGACGGAGCUCCCGAACCUAGCUGCUACGCGCGGACACGAGACAUUUUGCAGCCAGGUGGCUUGAGGGAAGCUGAGCAUUUCGAGGAGUUGAUAUUCGUUCACAUCGAGAUGAAGAUUUCUGUCGCUUCAUUUCUUCAGCCUUGUCAUUUUAAAAACAGGUCGAGGCUUGUGUAAAUAAUCCGGGGCUCGGUUUGAACCUAAAGUUGCCUUUGAAAUCUAAUGACUUGAGCGGUAAAAACGUAUCUCUCAUUUUAGUGUCAUAGGCAGGGCCAAUAAUAACCAUCCUCUAGACCUCCAAGACAGCAAGUUGGCAUCCUGUAGACCACACAAAACAUUGGCACUCUGAAUCGAUGUGGUUAAUUGUUCUUACUUACCUCAAGAAUCAUAAACGCUUUGGGAAAAGUGAAAGUUUUCAGUGAGCGUUGAAACAGAACGUGAGCAUAACUACUUGGCCUUGUGUUAACACACCCACUCAGGACCUAACCACAGCCAGAGCAGAACCAGCAUCAAGUUCCUCGUGAGUCAGUGGACUGCACUGUACUGUACAUGUUCACGCUGUUAUUCGUUUCACUUUUAUAACCAUGGCAGUCUGUUAAGCUGGACAUCUGCUGAUGUCUUGUGUAGAUGCUGAUUAGCAUUUAAUGUGCGUGAACUUGUGCUGCGAUUGAUUCCGCUGCCUUAUCUUUGCUACUCUGUAUUCAUAUUAACACGCGACAGAAUGACCCUUUGAAGCCCCAUGACAUGGAACCAUGAAUCCAGCCUCAGCGACGAGUCAUUUAAAAUUUAUUUAAUGCAAAUUAGAUUGGAUAUGGUAAACUGACAAAUUCAAAUGAUUGGUGGCAGUAGGUUCAGUCCUCUGGGUGUGUGUACACUCCUCAUAAUUUCUGUUUCUUGCUGCAUUUACUUUAGAUUUAACAGGAUUUGGGGGGUGGGGUGGGGGAAGAGAGAGAGAGAUCGUUAAAAGUAUCACUGGAGUGGAUCGUGUUCAAAUAGGUUCAAUAACCAGACAAAAAAAACCCACUUCCUGCUGAAUUUUGACAACAGUUUACAUUUGGUAUGAAUGCGUCCACUCUUCUCCAACUGCGUUACAUACCACUGAGCUUUAUGUAAAAAUCUGUAGAGACGAGUGAAGCCAUCUGGCCGCCAUCUUACCACUCACAUUGCGUGUAUUUGGCUUGUGUCAAACCGUCAUAUCCGAUCAAAUUUGCCCCAAGUAAAGCAUCUCCUGACUUUAACAGCUCUUUUACUACUAUGAUUACUUUUACGGAGAUCAUUUCAGUUUUUCUUUGUACAGGAAAUCAUAUUGGACGCCCUCUGAAGGCCAAUUUAUGCUGACAACCCAGUCCUCGCAGAUGGCGUCGCAGAAAGCGUCUGCGAAGCCCCACCCCCCCUUCGCAGACGCUCUGCGCGCACCUCCCAAAAAUUGUGACCACCGCAGAAGCCUCGCAGACAGCGUUGCAGACAAGAGGGCUCUGAUUGGUCCACUCUACAUCCGCUGUACACGCACUUCCGCUUCCCUACUUUCCCGGUUUGGUUUGUUUUCACGACCGGCAUUUUUAAAAACACGAGCGAAGAUGGAGCAGCACGAAGAGCGGUUGAUCGAGGAAGUACGUACAUCUAUACGACUCCGGUUCUAGUCAUUAUAAGUAACCGGAGGAUAAACACUCAACUAACCACACCCACCAACUACUCCUAGCGGUUUUGCGACUUCGCGCCCCCUUGCGUUGUGGCGGUGAAUAACAUCGCGCACGCCUAUUACUCCCCGCUCAACGAUAAAUUACAACUGUCUGCGAAAGCCUUGUCGCAAGAGCAUGCAGAGGCCCUGAGAAAUAAGCCAUUGACUGGGAAAUCUGACGAGCGCUGCUUUCAGAGUACUCAUCAAUAUACUUACUCUCCAUUUAAACUAAAAUCAAGCAGUUAAAACAGAUGAUCAUGCCCAUUUUGUCAAUUUGUGCGACUGUCACAAUUGUCUACAUUGUCAGUUGUGCUUAGCCUUAGGUAAAUGAAAAUAACUCCUGACCUAACUAGAUAACAAUAACAUCUCUCUUUUUAUUUGCAUCCCUUACUGCCAUUUCUGCCUCAGCACUCAGUUCGUUUUUCUUUUUGAAUUUGACCCAUUGAGCUUGAGCGCUCACAUUCAAUAUCAAACAUGUCUGCACUUUGGCUUUUAGUCUCUGGGACAUUUCCAUCAAAAAUCUGACAGUCACAGUGUUCAUCUCAGAUAUUAUGGAAUCAAUUUUGUGCCAAAAUGUUCAUACAAUACUUUUGAAAUAUCAAACAAAAACGACAAAUCAAAA